UUGUGCGCCGUGCAGCCCGCGUCGUGUGGACGUGUUUGUAGUGCACAUUAGCUUUCAUAAAACAAGCGUUUUGUUUGGAAACAAACCCAGUCUACAUUUGAAAGAAAUUAAGGGAUACUGCUUGAUUGCUGAACAAUUAGUUGCAAAGAUGUCCGACGAAGACGAUGCCCCAGUUGUGAAAAAGUCCAGGAUCUUCUAUGGAAGUCUUGAAGAAAAGGAGAAGGAGCGUCUCAGCCGUGAUGGGACAUCCAGUGUCAGAGAUGCUGUUAAAGCUGGAAUUGAAGCUGGGAAUAUUAAUAUCUCCAGUGGUGAGUCAAUGGAGAUGGAGGAACGUGUGAGUGAGCGACAGGCUGAAGUUCUGGCAGAGUUUGAGCGCAGAAAGAGAGCCAGACAAAUCACUGUCUCCACUGAUGAUGCUGAAGUGAAGGCCUGCCUCCGAGCUCUUGGUGAGCCAAUCACGCUGUUUGGGGAGGGGCCUGCCGAGAGACGGGAGAGAUUGAGGAAUGUUCUUUCAGUGAUUGGUCCUGACGCUUUGAAGAAAUCAAAGAAAGAUGAAAAAGCAAAACGCAGUCAAGAUGAGUAUCAGCAGACGUGGUACCAUGAAGGACCUUCCUCUCUAAAAGAGGCACGCCUUUGGUUGGCAAAAUAUUCACUGCCCAGAGCAGUGCAAAGGUUAGAUGCUGCGAGGGCCCAUAGAGAGAUUCCAGAAUCGACACGAACAGUUCGACAGCAAGAGCUUCACAAAACUCUUCGGAAUCUAAAUAACUUCUGCAGUCAGAUUGGUGAUGAUCGUCCAAUAUCCUACUGCCAGUUUAGUCCUAACUCUAAACUGCUGGUGACUGCAUCUUGGAGUGGCUUGUGUAAAUUGUGGAAAGUCCCAGAUUGCACACUUGUUCGCACAUUAAGGGGUCACAGUACCAAUGUAGGAGCGAUUAGCUUUCACCCUCAAGCCACACUGACACUGGAGGAAUCAGAUGUCAGCAUGGCCUCCUGUUCUGUUGAUGGAUCUGUUAAGCUGUGGAGUUUAGACAGUGAUGAGCCAGUAGCAGACAUUGAAGGGCACUCUAUGAGGGUGGCUCGGGUCGCCUGGCACCCAUCUGGGCGUUUUUUGGGCACAACUUGCUAUGAUAAUUCAUGGCGACUCUGGGAUCUUGAUGUCCAAGAAGAGAUUCUGCAUCAGGAGGGUCACAGUAAAGGUGUUCAUGACCUGCACUUCCACCCUGACGGCUCACUUGCAGGAACUGGCGGUCUGGAUUCCUUUGCCCGUGUCUGGGACCUGCGGACUGGUCGUUGUGUCAUGUUCCUGGAGGGCCAUCUGAAAGAGAUUUACAGCAUCAACUUCUCACCAAACGGUUUUCACUUGGCAACAGGCAGUGGAGAUAACACCUGUAAAGUGUGGGACCUGCGGCAGAGGAGGUGCAUGUAUACAAUCCCCGCCCAUCAGAACCUGGUGUCUUCUGUGAAGUUUCAACCUACGGAUGGGCAUUACUUGCUCAGCGGUGCGUAUGACAACACCGUCAAAGUGUGGACUCAUCCUGGCUGGUCUCCUCUGAAGACUUUGGCAGGGCAUGAGGGGAAAGUUAUGGGGCUUGACCUCUCACCUGACGGACAGCUGAUUGCAACCUGCUCCUAUGACCGAACCUUCAAACUCUGGAUGUCAGAAUGAGAUGAAGAUUGUUCAUAUUCUGUGUGAGAGAGAGUGUGUAAAAGGCAAGAUAGUCUGAUUGUGACAGUGCUGUCUUUUGUUUUUAAUGAUUCUGUACUUGAAUACCAUAUACAUUUUCACCAACAUAUAGGAUCUAUAAAGCUAGAGCUGUCUGAAUUGUCAUUUAAAAACAAAAUAAUGGAUUCGAUGUUACUUUGUUUAAUUAUUUAAAGUACGUGGGCACAACACAAAAGAUCUUUUGAACUCAAUUUUCAUGCAGACACAUUGUCCUUUUGUCUUUAAUAAUUUGAUUCUAUUAAAAACAUGAACACAAUAUCAUGUUCUC